AGUGUGCAUGGAGAGAAGAUAUUUGUUGGUUUAGAUCUUGACUCCUUAUUGUCAUGUGUUUGUACAAUGUUAUACUGGGGAUUUUUCUGAUAAUUUUUGCAAAUGGAGGCCGAUCAGCGAAAGAAACGUUUGAAUUCUUCCAGUGUUGAGGAUUGCACUUCAAGGGAGCAGAACAAAGCAAAAAAGCUUGGAUUACAAGAAUAUGAUUAGACAUGAGAUCUAAUAUCUGUCUUGAAUGGGAUGACAAGAAGAAGAGUGUUAUUGCCAAGAGGGAGCAGAUUAGCAUUUCACGGAGAGAGUUGUUUCCAUUUAUUGAUGCUGUUCCCCAUUGCUCCAAUAUCUUGGCUGAUGUUUUUACGGUUCCUCACGAAAUUUUUGAAUUGGAAAACUUAACUGAGGUUUGGCAGGUACACUUGUCUGAAAAUGAGCGAAACCUUCUUACCUCAUUUCUGCCUAAAGAAGCUGAGCCACAUAAAGUUGUUCAGGAAUUGCUUGCAGGGGAUAACUUUCACUUUGGGAUCGAUUCCUCAGAUGGGGUUCCUUGCUUUGUUUUGGUGAUCUUCAUCCUGAUUAUGUUCUUCGUCGAGAAAAGAAUAACAAGACUAAGAAGAAGGCAUACCGUUCAGAGUUACAAAAGUAUCAUAAUGAUAUGA